UUAAAGGUCAAAACACUCGUAUUACAAGACAGAUAUCGUCUAUAAAAUGACAAGGACAUGCAUUAAAGUUCACUUUCUCUUGGUUGGCAUUCAAGACAGACAACCAACAGAAUGAAGUUGUUCGUGUUCCUUGCUCUGUUCGUCUGCCUCCUGGGCUACUCCAAAGCUGCUCCAGCAGAAGAGGACAAUGAAGUGUCAGCUGACGACGCGGUGAUGAACCCGAAAGUGGAACAAGCAAAUGAAGAGAGCGACGAGGAAGACCAAGGCGAUGAGCCAGAGGAAGAUGUCGAAGAAGGAGAGGUGGUUGAAGAAGAUCUCAGCGAGCCUGCAGAAUCAGACGGAAAAGCGGCUGACCCGUUUUUCUGGGGACAUAGAAGACGUUACCAUCACCAUAGAAAGUGCACUCGUAAAGUAGUAGUUGUCGUUAGACGUCCACGCAGACACCGAAGAAGGUACUACUUCAGAAGACGCAGGUCAUAUGUGAGAAGACGCAGAUCAUACGUGCGAAGACGCAGAUCCGGAAAGAAAUAAACAGCUGCUAUAGAUAGAAAGGACUUUUGUUAGAAAUAGUACAAGCAUUCAUAGAAUGUAUAUACUUUGAGUAGAUGGAGUUUGGAUGUAGAGAUAACUUCUAAAGAGCAAUUUCUUCUUCAAUGGAGAAGUA